AGAUCUGGCAUCACCUUCUGAUAUUCCUGGGGGUUCUCACAGCCAAAACAUCAUCUGAUCCUGUCCUUGGGUGCUGACACCAUCAGAGACCAAACAGCCCUGGUUUCCUGAGAAACAUGGAACACAGAAUUUGGGCGUGGAAGUGAGGUCACAGAAUGGCCAAGUAGACAGAACAGAGGGGUAAGGGUGCUGAGGACAAUAUAGGGCUCUUGUAACAUUUAGCCAGCCUCUACAAAAACAAAACAGGGUUCUCCUGUUUAUAAGAAGUAUGAAUCAAGAACAUCAACCUUAUAAAUAGCACCGUUCCUCUUGGAGGCUUUUAAAUUGCAGCUGAACAGCUGUGCUUUGUACAAAUGAAUUAGAGGAAAUGGUGGGGCCUAAAAGGUGGCUGUAAACUUCUCACUAAGGGAAGAGAAAAAGCAAAUAAACCUGCAGCUCAUUGGUAGUGACAAGAAAACAGCCAUGGACAAAGACUCUGAGAAGGACACAGCAGAUCAGAAUGAAGAGAAGUCAGAUAUCAGUAAGCCUCCAGAGUCUCCGCUGUCUGAUGCCUCAGCAGAGAAGGCCACACAAGGCUCUGACACUGACCUUGAUGUUGAAGAUCCUGGGAAAGCCUUUGCAGGUGUUAUGGGUGCAGAGCUGUACAUGGAAGCAUGCAGGCUGAUGGAGGUGGUGCCUGUCUCACACUUUGCUCAGAACUUGGCCAAGCCUUAUAUAAACUUGAACCACCACGGUCUAGGACCCAAAGGUGUCAAAGCCAUUGCUAUUGCUCUAGUGUCCAAUGCAACUGUCACCCACUUAGAGCUGGAAGAUAACCACAUUCUGGCAGAAGGAGCCAUAUGCAUAGCAGAGAUGUUACGAGAGAAUUGCUCUCUUCGAGAACUGAACAUUUCCAAUAACCACCUGGACACAGAAGGGGCUGAAGCCAUUGCCAGUUUGCUUUUGGAAAAUGCAUCCUAUCUCCAUACUCUUCAGCUCUCAGGAAACAGUUUUGGAGAGGAGGCUGCAUCAUGCCUUGCUGAUGCAUUAAUGAGCAAUUACCAAGUGAAGAAGCUGGACCUCAGCCACAAUGAGUUCUCUGAGAAGGGAGGACAGGUCCUAGGACAGAUGCUCGCUGUCAAUACAACACUGGAGAUUCUGGACCUGAGCUGGAACCACCUGAGGAGGAAGGGAACAGUAGCACUUGGCACAGGUCUUAAGGGCAAUGCUGCACUGAAGAUACUCAACCUGUCUUGGAACAGCAUUGGGAAUGAGGGAGCACAGGCCCUCGCAGAAGCUCUCAAAGUUAACAAUGUACUGAUUCACCUGGACAUCAGCAACAACCAGAUCAACAAUGAGGGAGCUAAGAAGAUCUGCAAAGGCCUUAAAGUCAAUGGAACACUCAAAGUUCUGAAGAUGGCCAAUAAUCUCUUGACCGUGGAAGGUGCCACUGAGUUAGUGGGAUCUGUCAGAAAGAAUCCCAAUUCCAUGAUGGAAGAGAUCAACAUCUCAAAUGUCCUGGUGAAUGAAACUUUCAUCAAGUUGCUGGAGUUAGUGUAUCAAACACGUCCUGAACUAGACGUUAUCUAUGGGGAAGUUGAAGGCUGCAUCUCCAAAAUCUCCAACCAGCAUCCAAAUCCUAUGAAAGUGAUUCAGAAAUAUUUGAAUGAACACAACCUACGACUCUGGGACUUUUUUAGGAAAAUUGACAAGGAUGGAAACAUGAAGAUCCCUGUGUCAGACUUCAGGAGAGCCAUGAUGCAGCAAUCAAACAUCCAACUGGAUCGGGUCCAAAUUGUGGAACUAGUGCGAAAACUAGACCAGAAUCAGACAGGGAUUGUAGACUAUAGUCACUUGAAAGAGCAGAAUCCAGAACAGAAAACUGUGAAAGAGGAAAUAAAAGGAGGAGGUGUAAAAAUGAAGUGAGAAGGCAGGUCAGCCAGUGAAAUAUAGUAGGAGAAACACUGAAAGAAAAUUCAUAGUGGUCCUGGGCUUGGGGGGAUUUGAGAGAAUCCAAGUGAUCGAAUGUAGAAAUAAAGUCAAUGUUCCUCUGCAAGGCAAGUCUGGUGGUUUUGGUCAAAAGCUGGAGCCGGUUACCAAAUCUAUCUCACAGCUACUCACUGGCCUACAGACCUGUAUCGUAUUCUCCACCCUCCCACAUGUCCCCACCAUUUUUCUUUCUUUCUUCCAAGCCGAAACAUGCCAGCUAUUCAAUCUUUUCUCAUAGGACAGACUCUACUGAUCAUCAUUUCCCUUCUCAGAACCAUUCCCAGGUGGAAUAUAUGGGAAUAAGAAUCACAACUGCAACGAGCAUUCAAGACGCUGAUGAGUUUGCACAUGCAUGAGUGUAACACUGUUUCUUUUCGUUCUCUUCUCCUUUCCUAAAAACUCCCAAUGUUUUAUUAGCUUUCCUUGACUGUUAAUGAGCACCGAGGUAUGUUUCACAGAAUCAGACACCAGACCUUCAAGAUCUUACUCCCAAAUACCAAGCCGCACCACGAAGCCCGUCCUUUUACACGUGAAAAACGUGAAGGGGGCGGCGCGCUCAUCAUUUUGCACUUCGAGAUCUCUUCUUCCUAAGACAGAGCAGCUGACGCACCGCUCCCGAGAAGGGAAGGGCGCUCCUGGGCCAGGGCUGCGAGAACCCGAGGCCGGCCCUGCGGCAGCGCAGUGUCGGUGCCCGCCCUGCCCGCUGGGUGUCGCCGCAGCCCCGCGGUGGGAGCAAAGCACGGGACCCGGCGGCCCCGAGCGGAGUCCAUGUUCUCUUCUGAAAGAGACUUUGUGUCUUCCGUGCAAAAAAAUGCCACCAGCAGGACGUCAUCUGGUGAUUUUCCUGCCGUCCUGCCAGACUCCAUGUAUGUACUAGGAAAUAUCUUCAUCGUUUAUUCCCAUAGCAUCCUGGGUUUGUGCUGCAUACGCUAUGCGUGCAUCUUUAUCUCAUGCGCAGUGCUGUUGUGUAUUAGUCACACGUUGCUAUUCUGCUUAGGUCUGCACAGAACUGGCCCAACUAAACUGAUUUGCCCAAUUAUCGCCCUUAAGAUUCUAGACCAGCUACAGCCAUGAAAAAUUCUCUCUUCUGUAAGAAAGCAACAUAAUCAAAUAUAGAUGGGUACUGGCCUGCAGCAGGUGUGGCUU